AUGACUAGAAAGCAGGAUGAGAGCGAUGAUGAAAUUUCCAUCACCUCGACUGCGGUCAGCUCACAAGCAUCUGAGUAUGAUGUGGAGGCUAUCCUAGCCGAGCACAAAUUCCCACAUGGAAGGAGGUUUCUGGUCAAAUGGGCCAAUUACCCUGAGUGGAGAAGUACUUGGGAGCCUGCAGAAUCCUUCAGAACAGCAGAGACCCUUAUCGACUGGCAACGCAGAAAACAACAGAUUGCAGAAGGGAAGCUUGAAGCGUAUGACGUAGCUGACUGGGAGCGAAAGAACUUGAAAUUCCAGGAGGCAAAAGAGGAGAAGAGACGCAGAAGAGAUGCCAGAAGAAAACAACUUGGCUUACCCACGAAGGGUCCCGUGAUCGAACCUUCAAUUUCUUGGGAUAGCUCCUGUGUGAGUGCAAGACAGAAGAGUACACAAACGUCGCCCACUUACACACCCAGCAUUCGUUCACUGCCUUCUAAGAGGCAGCAUGCCGUGGCGGAGCAACCCCCGGUCCUGUUUGGAAGUGGACAAAAACCAAAACCAGCGUCAGCUACGCCGCGUUCCGAGAAUGCUCAGGAGGCCGCGAAGUGGUUUUCGCAUUUGUCAACGAGGCGAAAACACGAGAAAGCUAAAUUCAGAGAGCCAGAUCCCGACAUAAAUCAACUAGAGCUCGUUCGACCGUCAGACUGGUCAUUUAAAGCACCUCUGCACCUUCCCAAGUCUGGUUCUGUUGAUCAAACACGAGAAUUAGUCCAAAUCGCGGAUGAGCAGUCUGUUUCUCAUACGGAAACUCGUCUCCCAGAUGGACUUACUCAUUUACCCGACCCGCUCACUGAUCCGUCAAAUGAAGACCGGAUCAAGCACGACCGUCCAGAUAAACCGGUCCAAGAUGUUCCCAAGCUACCUCGGAGGGUGCCUGGUCCCUAUGCCAAAUUUGUGUCCGGCCGCUUUUGCAAUCCCGGUGAGGUGUUAGUGUAUAUGUAUUAUGGACCAGACAAAAGAUCCAUUGGCCCAGCUAGACUAUGUGGCCUUAGCCCCAUGUCUGCUAAAAGGCUUAUUGCAAGUAAGGCGGGUUUAUAUAUUGAGGUUUGGUUCCAACAUCUUUGCACGCUGGAGGAUUAUGAGGUACUCUGUUAUAAUUCACGGUCGCGACAUCGCACAUAUUGUAGGGGCUGGAUUCAGGGGUUUAAUGAUACGGAGUCCAAAAUAUAUAGCAUGGCACAGGAGCUUGAGCAAGGCGACCUUCUCGCGAUUUUUCCAGGCAUCCAGGGUACGCCACACAACGUGUUACUGGCCUACCCGUCUAAUUCACUGAAGCUCGAGUCACUCAGCGAUGGCUACUCCAGGAACCAGCCGGAUACCUUUCUUAACCUUGUUGUGAGAGAUCCCUUGGAAUCUCUUGAGUUUAUUGAGCGACUGCCCUCUAGAGCAAGAGCCGACGACCGGUGGACAGAUCCUCGCCACCAAGACGCUGUCGUGAGGGACUUCCCGUAUUAUCAACUACCUGGAAGUGGAUGUGACGGUAUAAAACACGUCGACGACGCCCCAAUGUCAAUAUCGUCUGAGCAGGGAAAGAGAUCAACAGAAAGGCAACUCAAAGAGGUAGCUAGUGAGACGAAGUUGGAAUCAUCACCAAAGCAACUGGGGGUUGCUUCAGCAGAAAAGCAACUGAAGAAGAUUGGGAUACCCGUGAAGCCAGACAAUUCACACGAGCCAAUCGAGCUACAGUCUGAGAAAAUGUCUAGUCCUGCGAAGCCAGACUCUUCACAGAAACCUCUGGAGCCAGCUUCGGCCGAAACAAAUGAGUCUGCCGACCAAGUGCAAGACGAACCCAUGGAAAUCGAUGAUGAACAAGACGAACUCAUGGAGAUCCAUAAACAGCAUAGUUCUGCUUCAGCGCCAUGCGAGCAGGGCUCAAUAACCGCCCCGCCUACAGCUGACCUCGAAAGUGUUUUCAAAAAGGAGUUUGGAGUAUCUUAUGAAACUCUAGUGACAGUGAACGCCGCAGGCAAGGUGCAGAGAGCAGAAGCGUUUUUUCUCCUAUUCGAGUCCGAGGCACUUCACAAUGAGCUUCUAGUCCUCCAGGCCUUCUUAAAUGCACAUAACCCUGUUAUAUAUACCUGGCAGCAGAAAGACGACUGGGAGAAAUUUGCGCGAGCUGUCCAAGUCGGGGUGGUUUUGGUUCACGAGAGCUUCGUCAACUUCAACGAGUUGCCUUUCUUCCAAAACGUCAUCAGCAAGCCAAUCAACUUCUGGAGCGUCUCUCUGGCCAAACCUCUCGAAUAUGCCGGUCACCGGUCCCACUUCCAGCGCAUUUUCCCACAUGGCGGGGCUAUCUUGAUGACAGAAGAUAUAAUGCUUCAGGAUCCGAAAGGAACCGUAGUAAUCCUAGCGUGGUUCGCUGACUUCAUCAAGAAGAAGUAUCCGGGAUAUUGGAAAAUCAUGUUUCGGCCUGCUGUUCUGGACUGGCUCAUGCAGCAACCAGAACCCACAGACGAGUCAAUACAGGGAGUAUGGCCUACCAUGUACCGUUUAGUCCUAGAAUGUUGCGGCGUUCCCGCAUACGACACCCCCCUUGGCGAGCUAUCAUCCGGAGCCCAUGACGACUACCUCGAAAGCAACGCCAUAUCCCCUCCCAGCCUACCGAAUUAUGGCACCCGCACCGAAGCAGACAAUCCAGACAUCCCCAAAGGCCUAACCCAAGACCAGCGCAACGCAGACCACCUUGUUGAAUUUUUUGCCGGCUGGGGCCUGGUUCAUCGCCACCGAUACCGACGAUUGGUCGUCCUCACGCAAACGAAAACCCUGGACCGAUGGAGUAAAUGGCAACACAUCGAUGUCAAAUGGGGCGCGAAGGAUUUCUUGAAAACAUUCAAAAUUAAUCAUAGAUACUACUGGUCAAAAGUCUUUGCUGCUCCUUCCUCGUCUUCAGCAGCGUCUUCUGCCAGUCUUAUUUCUUCUAGACCAGGUACACCGUCUGAAACACGAGCCUCAUCGGAUUCCUAUACGCCGCGGACACCGAAAUCUCGAACUUCAUGCAUGUCGGUUACCAGGGAUAUGGAUGGAGCUAGUUACUAUGGCCGGAUACCUGGCGGAGUAUCUUCGUAUCCGGAUCCAUACAAAUGA